AUGACGGACCUCGCUUGCUUCUCGGGCAACGCAUCCAGUGUGUGUCGCAAGGCCGACUGGCCCGCGUGCGGCUUCAAAUGGCUCGACGAGGCGACGCUGAUCUUUGUCGCGAGUCUCUGGAUCCUGCUUGCGGUCGGGAUGCUUCAAAGCGACAAGUCAACGAGCAAGCAUUUUGCGUUUGACGCGGCCAAGAUACACGACCCGCUCGCGCAAGGUUCAGCCGUCUUUUUGUGA